AUGGCACCUAAGAAGAAAGCGAGAAUUGGCCAAGGAGCCAAUGCCACCCCAGGAGUGGCUGAUGAUUCAUUGCUUGAUGUUGCGGGUGAGGUUAGUCGCCCUGCUAUUACUCUGCCGGAUCCUUCUAUUCCAGAGCAGACUACCCCAGCUCCUACACCUACGAAGGGCACCACUAUCCCUCCCGUGGAUACUCCUGUUCCGCCUCCAGCCCCAGCUUCUGAGUUACAAAUCAGAGACCAAACUGGUCUUCCUCGUACAUCACCCCUACCACCACCACCCCACCGUGUCGCCGCCGUCCUCCGCCAUCCGCCGCCGGCCGGAAAUCGUCGCCGGCAGCGGCAAUUCUCCGAUUAA